ACGCUUGCGCAAUAGCCUCCAAGGCGGGGGGAGAGUAACCGGUCAGGCGCAUGCGCACGACCUCCCUCACCGGCUGCCGUCUGCACGCUUGCGUACUGGUGUGCGAGGGGGGCGUGCGGCCGGUUGGACGCACGCGCACAUCCUCCACCUGUCCAGCCGCGGCCGGUUGUGCGCAGGCGUGGUGAGGCGGGUGCUUGAGGGAAGGAGGUGGCGGUCAGGUGCAAGAUGGCGGCGGGAGAGUGGGUGCGCGGUUUGACCGUGCUGCAGUUGGCGGCCACGUUAUGUUCCGGCCUUUACUUCCACAUAGGCGAGACCGAGAAGAAAUGCUUCAUCGAGGAGAUACCCGACGAGACCAUGGUCAUCGGUAAUUAUAAAACUCUGAUGUAUGACAAACAGAGGGAGGAGUACCUGCCUUCUCCUCCAGGACUAGGAAUGUUUGUAGAGGUGAAGGAUCCUGAUGAAAAGGUAUUUUUCUCUCUGCAGCGGGUUCACUUGGACAUCCAAGUUGGUGAACAUGCCAAUGAUUACGUUGAGAUUGCAGCGAAGGACAAACUGUCAGAGCUCCAACUUCGUGUCAGACAACUCAUUGAACAGGUGGAACAAAUCCAGAAAGAGCAGAACUACCAGCGGUAUCGUGAGGAGCGCUUCCGAGUAACCAGUGAGAGCACCAAUCAGCGAGUCCUGUGGUGGUCCAUCGUGCAAACACUGAUCCUCAUUCUGACUGGCAUCUGGCAGAUGAGGCACCUGAAAAGCUUCUUUGAGGCCAAGAAACUGGUAUAGGCCGUGAUCACAAUGACCUGGGUUCAAUUGGUUUAAAAACAGAGGAGGCUGAUUAGCCAAAAGCACGUUUUCAAUUACGCAAUUCAAGCCCUGGGCUUGUCGGAUUUUAUCCAAUUUCUUCCCCUUUCCCAACUUCUGUGAUAUGCAGUGCUUCCUACAAAACAGUGGCUGUAAAGUGCUUUGGGGUAUCCUGAGAUUUUCAAAGAUCCUAUAUGAAUGCAAGUUUUUCUUUCCAAAUGGAGAUUAUAAAGUAAUGGAUAGUCUGUUUGCCAGGUGUGAUUUUGGAAAGGUGCCCUGACUGAUAAAAAGGCAACUCUUUCCAAUUUGAGUUGACUGCUUUGUUGCCUCUUUGACCCCAGUAUCUUGUUAAAGCCAUUGUCAAUCAAUUCUCUUUUCAUCACACCAAAGCUCUGAAAGCUUCAGUACGAGAGUAUUCAAAGUGGAGUUAGGCAGUAUUUAAGCACGCUAAGGUCUGUAUUCCUUGCCUGAUCUAUAGUUGAGCUGUUUAAAAAUCCAUUCUCUAAUAUUAGUUUUUGAAACGAAGUACCCAACAAUGUCCUGUGAACUUCUCUCCAAGGUUUAAUUAGUCCAGCUUUUAUGUGACCUUUUUUGAUUUGAGCCAUCCUUAAGUGUGCAGGGCAGCCUUGACAUGGCUGGCUGUGAUCAUGGAGGUAUGAGUAAUGCUUUACUGUGUUUUCAGACUUGGUUGUAAGGAUAGGCGAAACAAGAGUUAAUUAUUUAUACAUCUCUGGUUGUAACUGAGUGACUCUGACUUUGGGAGGGCAACACUGCAGAGCAACUAAGUGCUCUGAUUUUCUUGUAAUGUUCUCGGCACUAUAAUUUAUUGGCCGCCAUUUGUUGUGAUCAGAAGCAUUGGGUUUGGUCAUAUCAGUUAUUGCAGGAGCAGGAUGUAGGAAUCGCUGUUUACAUGUUACUGUAGGGUUUGGGGCAGGAUGGUGUCCUGUUUCGAUUUGGUUAUAAAAAGGUUGGUGUUCCAUUUGUGCAGCUGCUCCUGAUCCUUGAAUGUUUGGAGGCAGUUGUAAAUAUUUGUACCAUGAUUCUGCUGAGUCUCUUGUUAUUGACUGCCACAUUGACUACAUCCAAAUUGUUAUUAUUUUUAAAGUUUUGAACUUUGCUGCUUUUUGUGGAUGGACAGAUAUUGGGUGGAAAUUUAAUUACAUAAUCAGGGCUUUUUGUUUCUCUCUCUCCUCAUUUCUAUUCGCGUAGGAAAAUGAGUGUGGCCAUUGCUAUGUUCCACUGUUGGCAACAGUACAGUUUGGGCUUGACCCGAUAGGGUUGCAUUCACUAAGUUUUGCAGUUGAAGAAACUGCUGUGAUACCAGAGUCCAGGUCUGUUCAUAUUAAUCUAGUAGACCAAAGUACUACUUAUAAUGUAGGCCAUCCUUCUGAGUUUGAGUGUUAUAAACUUUAGGACACCUCAUUCUUGAACUACUGGAAGGGAAAGCCAAGUUGAUUGCUUUAUUCAGAGAUCCGGUCUUGCCCGUUCAGUCAUCGAUAUUGGAAGUUUGGACAUUUAUGAUUCACUGCUGCCAGCAACUUGGUGACUUGUCGGUGGGUUGUUCAAGGCAGAAUAAUGGCUCUCCACAUGGAAACUGCUGUAAAAGCUGAGGCCAUUGUCCCGUCUUCAACAGGCAGUAUCUCCAUUUGCUGCUUCCAACACACAUGCUAUGCUUAUUGUUUGCUAAAUCAUGCUAAUCUAAUUACAGCUGACUACUUCGGCUCUCUUCUUUUGAUUGAACUGUUCCCCACUGUUUGAACCUUGUCAUCAAGAGUACUGAUGUUGGAAAAGGCUUGAAUGAUAAUUAGAUGUGAUUCCUUCUCUUUCAAGGCAAUAACCUGUCACACACUAUUUCCCCUGGAAGUCAAUUCCCUUGCUUGGGAAUCCCUCUUUCUGGAAAAAUAACACACAAGAUGGGCAAAUUGAUUCCUAUUAAUCCAGUCAACUAAGGUCUACUCACCCCGGGAUUUUUAUGCCUCCUAUUGUAUCGAUAUGCACCAAUUCAGAGGCACCAUUUCUCUACAGUUCUCCAGUUCAUGUUGUUAAGAUUAACAGUCCUAGUUUUCUCAACGUGAGGUAGGAAUCAGAAUUGCGUGAUGAAAAGGCUUCAUUUCAGAUGUCUGGCUCGGUCUGAAAACCUGGUUGGUUUACUGACGACUUUGACCAAGCCAUCUGAUUGGAAAGUGGGUUGUUAUGUAGCAGUCUUUAUGCUAACUAAUCUCCCAGAGAAGAUGUUUUUGUGCUUUGACAUUUCACACACGUUCUUUUCGAAAGGAUAUGUAGAGGAGCUGUGUGGAUUGUGGAGUGUAUACUAAAUGGGCACUGUUACACUAAAGGACAAGGAUAUAGGUUCUUUAAUCCAUUACCUGUACCACUGAUACCUUUUUUUUGUGAGAGAUUUCCUUAAAAAUAACAGCACACCUUUUGUGCUGUUCUGGGUGUAGUGCACACAAAGCUGAAGUGCAUGGGGAGUGAGUGUGUGAUGCUCACUAACCCAUCAGUUUAAACUGUUGAGUAUGUUAAUCUGUCCAUUUUUGAACGUGGUUGAAGAUGACUGUUGCAAAUAGGUAAUUGGCCUUGGAUACGAAGGUGAAGACUGAUAUAUGUUGUAUGAUUGCCCCAGAACCAGUUCACUGAUUUCUAUCAUUGUUGAAAAAAUAAAUAGUGCCUCAAUGUAAAUUUCUGCCUGUUUUCUUCACAUUAACAUUCUCCCUUCUUUUCUUCCAUCCUCUUAAUUUCUUUCUUCUUUUGGAACUUGGUGCAUUUUAUGUAGAGAUUAUGUUGCUUAAUGAGAUUUGUUUUCUUGUAUUUUGCAGUAAUUGUCAUGUACAAGUUCCUGGACCAUUUUUCAGAAGUUCUCAUUUUUGAAAUAAACUAUUUCCACCUUUUUUUAAAAAAAA